CCUGCCUGGAACAAGCGUGCAGGUCCAGGAGGAGAUCCAGGGGUGGGGAGCGGGCUGUACCGGGGGAUGAGGCUCCUCAGUCCCGCCAGCCCGAGCGCUCAGAGGUAGAGGAAAGGUCUUGACAGUGUCGCUGGACCAGUAGCAGAAUCCACUGCCAGACUCUGGACUUGAGGGUUCUGGGCUAUGGUCUGUAGAAGCAAAGGAGAGAAGGACUCAAAUCCAGGCCAACUGUAUGGCUGUCUGAGGUGUUGGAAAAGGAGGAGGUCCAUUCCUGUUGGUGACAACACCGUGGCCCUGUUCUGAGAUGACCGAAGUAUAAAGGUUUUCCCAAGAAAGAACAGCUGAUUCCUUGCAUCUUGUGGCAGCUGGUGUACCCAGCACUGAGUUCCUCGGAGCUGAAGGCAGCCUGGCCCCUUCUCAUGGGCAGCGCCCACCCAUGCUGAGGUCCUGCAGCGGUGGUGGUGUGAGGAGCUGUGCAAUUAGUUGUAAUUGAAAAUGUCUGACAGUCUGGAUAAUGAAGAGAAACCCCCAGCUCCCCCACUGAGGAUGAAUAGCAACAACCGAGAUUCUUCAACAAUCAACCACAGCUCCAAACCACUACCCAUGGCCCCUGAAGAGAAGAAUAAGAAAGCCAGGCUCCGCUCUAUCUUCCCAGGAGGAGGGGAUAAAACCAAUAAGAAGAAAGAGAAAGAACGCCCAGAGAUCUCUCUUCCUUCAGACUUUGAACAUACGAUUCAUGUGGGGUUUGAUGCAGUCACUGGGGAAUUCACUCCAGAUCUCUAUGGCUCACAGAUGUGCCCAGGGAAGCUCCCAGAGGGAAUUCCUGAGCAAUGGGCACGAUUACUCCAAACGUCCAACAUAACAAAACUGGAACAGAAGAAGAACCCACAAGCUGUUCUAGAUGUUUUAAAAUUCUAUGAUUCCAAAGAAACAGUCAACAACCAGAAAUACAUGAGCUUUACAUCAGGAGAUAAAAGUGCACAUGGAUACAUAGCUGCCCAUCCUUCGAGUACAAAGACAGCAUCAGAGCCUCCUUUAGCUCCUCCUGUAUCUGAAGAAGAAGAUGAAGAAGAGGAAGAAGAAGAAGAUGACAAUGAGCCUCCACCAGUUAUUGCACCAAGACCUGAGCAUACAAAAUCAAUCUACACUCGUUCUGUGGUUGAAUCCAUUGCUUCACCAGCAGCACCAAAUAAAGAAGUCACGCCACCUUCCACUGAGAACGCCAAUUCUAGUACUUUGUAUAGAAACACAGAUCGACAAAGGAAAAAAUCCAAGAUGACAGAUGAGGAGAUUCUAGAGAAGCUGAGAAGCAUUGUGAGUGUUGGUGACCCAAAGAAAAAAUAUACAAGAUUUGAAAAAAUUGGUCAAGGGGCAUCAGGUACUGUUUAUACAGCACUAGACAUUGCAACAGGACAAGAGGUGGCCAUAAAGCAGAUGAACCUUCAACAGCAGCCCAAAAAAGAAUUAAUUAUUAAUGAAAUUCUAGUCAUGAGGGAAAAUAAGAACCCCAAUAUUGUUAAUUAUUUAGAUAGCUACUUAGUGGGUGAUGAACUAUGGGUAGUUAUGGAAUACUUGGCCGGUGGCUCUUUGACAGAUGUGGUCACAGAGACCUGUAUGGAUGAAGGACAGAUAGCAGCUGUCUGCAGAGAGUGCCUCCAAGCUUUGGAUUUCUUGCACUCAAACCAGGUGAUCCAUAGAGACAUAAAGAGUGACAAUAUUCUCCUUGGAAUGGAUGGCUCUGUUAAAUUGACUGAUUUUGGGUUCUGUGCCCAGAUCACCCCUGAGCAAAGUAAACGAAGCACUAUGGUGGGAACUCCCUAUUGGAUGGCACCUGAGGUGGUGACUCGAAAAGCUUAUGGUCCGAAAGUUGAUAUCUGGUCUCUGGGGAUUAUGGCAAUUGAAAUGGUGGAAGGUGAACCCCCUUACCUUAAUGAAAAUCCACUCAGGGCAUUAUAUCUGAUAGCUACCAAUGGAACCCCAGAGCUCCAGAAUCCUGAAAGACUGUCAGCUGUAUUCCGUGACUUUUUAAAUCACUGUCUUGAGAUGGAUGUGGAUAGGCGAGGAUCUGCCAAGGAGCUUUUACAGCAUCCAUUUUUAAAAUUAGCCAAACCUCUCUCCAGCCUGACUCCUCUGAUUAUUGCUGCAAAGGAAGCAAUUAAGAACAGCAGCCGCUAGGACUGAAAGACUUACCCUACACCAUCUCCCUCAUGAGUAAGACUAAAAUAAAACUCUGCUUCAGGAACAAUGGAAGAAAGAUAGUCAAAUGGGGGUGGGGGUUCUUUAACUUUCAAAUGACUAGAAACUUCUUAUAAGCCUUUUUCCUACUCCUUCAGAUUAUGUAAUUUAUUUGUAAGCCUGAAUCGCAGCCCAAACAGGGCAGCAAUGCCGAAGUGUCCAUAAAGUGGACACUUCCACCGUGAAGCGAAAGAGCCAGUAGUGAAUCCUCUCAUUUUGUGCAUUCACUUUGAAGAAAAAGAUUUCUCAAAGGUGCACACUCCCUCUUCAUAGUGUUGUGUUUGUUUUUUAAGUUAGAGAGUAGUCCCUCUUGCAUUCGAGCCUCCUUCAAAAUUCCUUACCCAAUGUGAUGUUUUUCACUUGCAUUGUCAUUAGAUGUUCAGAAGAAAAUAUCAAAAUGUUUUUUAUAAAAAGAAAGCCAAAAAACACACAAAAAAAACAACAAAAAAAAACAAAACAAAUGAACAAAAAAAAUAGCAAGUACUGUGUGAACAUGUGGAAGUCCAUGCCCUAUUAGAGUUGCAAUUUUUUCUUCUUCUUCUAUAUUCUAUAGUGGUGGCUUGGUUUGUGUACCUGUUUUUCUGCACUUGCAUUGGAAAAGGUGUAUUUUAAGAUACUUUCCAAAAGCAAGGAGAAAUAUGUGUGUUCAGGAAAGGCUAUCAAAACUGUAUAUCUAAAUAAAGCUCUAAUGGUGAAAUCCUGUCAUAUUUUCAUGAUAAUGCUUAAGAGGUAGUUGAUUUAACAUUUAUAUAAAUUAGCUUGUUCAACUUCAUGAUAACUGAAAAAAGAUAUGUCAAAACUGUUGUAUUCCUGUUGAGUGAGCCCAGGUACUAAACUUAGGAAAUCUUCAUAGGAGAAACCAUACUUAAGCAAAGAUGGGACUCUCUCUGAGAGCCAAAAGGAAAAUAAACAGUAAGUACUGAAAUCCUUCUUGGACAGUAAGUAAACAAAGAUAAAAAAAUACCUAGUUUAAUUCUCCCUUGUGCUUGUGAAACAUGUGCACUGUAAAAUAAACACAUCAGGAAGAAACAGACCCAUUAACCAACAUUUGCUUAUGAAAAAAUUAUUUUGACAACUUAUAACAUUUAAAAAAUUUUAAAAGGUCUGGAAAACAGAGAUAUUUUUGUAAGCAUUCAACUCUGUAAGAAAUGGGAGGUCAGUGAAAAUUAUGUCCCAAUGACCAUUGGCCAUAAGAAUUUGUUCCCAUUUUCCCUAUAUGUCACCAAUUUCUGUUUCAAGUUAUAGUGUGUUCAUACUUAGUCUUUUGGGUUUUUGAAUUUGAGAAACGUGCUCAUAAAGAUCUGGAAGUUCUCCAGUGAAAAUAAUUAGGGUGUGCAGUCAUAUGUCCCAAGGAACAAAAAUCCAACUGAAUUCCUUUUGUGGCUUAGAGAAGAUAUGAAAAUUUGACUAUCAUUUCACCAUGUGGCUAUUUAUUAAAAAAUUAACAAUUAGAACUUCCUGAAUCUUUUGACAGUAGAAAAACAUCUGGAGGGUGUUAGCAUAGAAAAGGAUAUACUUCUCUUUUCAAUGAAUUGUCAAAUUUUAUAAAUUCUGCAAAGUUGUUCCUCUAAGCCUUUGAAAAGUUAGCAAUUUGUUGUAGAAGUCUUCUUGAUUAGUAGUAUAUCAAGAAUAUGAAUAGAGCCUAUCUAUAUGCAGCAAGAGGGAGAAAGAGAUCAGUGCCUUAGGCCUCUCUCCUUCUUUGCCAAGGUACAUCCAUCCAUCUAACCAUUUUCUAUUCCUUAAAAUGGAAGCACUUUCAUUAGAAAGUUUCUGCUAACCAUAUAAUGCAUGUUUAUAUUUAGGAAAUGACACCAUUGGUGGAUUUCCUAUUUUCCUAUUGUUUUCUUUGACUAUAAAAUUUGGGAGGGACUUGAACCCCUGAGCAAUGUCCACAGUGGAAUAAAACAACAAAUGUGAAAAGAAAAUCAAAUGAAAAUAUUACUUUGAAGCAUACCACAUUAUAUUUUGCAAAAUCAUGGCUGAACCUGAAUAUUUUAAUGCCAUGCUGUCCUAAUGAAAGGGGGGUCAUUUUUAUUUCAUUUAAAAUUAAGUAUUUUUAAUUUUUUCCCAUUCACAGUGCCAGGGAAUUCAAUGAAAUAAUACCUGGGAUACAGAUAGAAUUCAGAACAUUGAUAACUAUGGCCUUCCAAUGGAAAGAGCCCCAAACCUGGUUGGAAAUUCCUAGUUGACAAUUAGCACCCCUUUUAUGUCAUAAAGGUCUUUUGUGGUGAGGGAGACCUGGAGCCCUGAUCCUUCAGCUCACUGUAAGCAGAGAAAUGGCGGCUCUUUUAUGCUUUUAAUUCAGCAUAUUAACCAGGAGGAUCCAGGUACUUCUUUGUCACAUUCUACUGUACCAAGAUUUUAUAAUAUAUUCCAAUAGGCUUUACUCUUACAAAUUUAUAUCUAUGUAAAAGUUAAAAUAAAAACAGUUUCUGAAGACCCUUCCCUGUGUUGGAGAGUUAUGUAUAUUUCUAGUAAGUAUUAGAGAGAAGCUGUUUCUCCUGCCAAAAUGAUGCUGAAGAAUUCACAUUUGGUACACUUGAACAACUUGGAUUCUAGAUGGUUAAUCGUUUAUUCCCUUACCCUGGAUUUUUUUUUAAAAGCUCAUCUUGACACAGGUGAGUCUAUCCAGAUCUUUCAAGUUGCUAGUGUGAUCUGAGAUAAUGAGGGCACACUGUGGAAUGUUGAUUGCAAAAUGUCCUGAGAUAGGGAUAGGGCAGUGGGAAGUCAGGGAAGGGUGAGAAGCACAGAAGAGAUUAUGUAUUUAAGAAAAAAAGAACAUUAAUGUUGUAACAAGGAUCCAGUGAGUUGUCCUAAUCCUCUGAGGAUAUUUGGAUGACAUAAUAUUCUCAAAUCAGUCAGCUUGCUGGGUAAUGACUUCAUUCUUGCUGAUCUCAUCUGUGUGUCAUUGUAAAUACUUGUGCAUCCAUGUUCCAUUUUGGCUACUGGAUGGCCAAGUCACAUAUGAAGAUUUAGCUCAAGUAUUUAUUCUUUAAUCGUGUUAUUCAGAUUUCUUUCAGGCUUGUGAAUUGUGCUCCGUUAUUUGAGUUGAACCAGCUGAUUCCCACAUCUAUCCCUCCCCUGUGAAGCACAUUCCAUUGCUAAAACAAAAAUAAAUAUUAAAUUGCUUCCUGUUGUCUAUAUAUAUAUGUUUUGGUAGUUUGAGAAGUUUGUCUAUAAAGGAUAUAUCUCAGCUCAAAGAUCAUGUAAAUAAUUGUAUUCCAUUGCUCAGUGGGUUAUUCAUUUCUAAUGAGGCUGCAAGUUCUCACAGAGACUCUGUAAAUCAUUUUUAAAUAACAUAAACAGAAAUUACAACUAUGUAAAAAUAAGUGUGCACAUGGACAAAGAUUGGGAACAUAGAGAAUUGAAAUCAGUUAAGGUGAUGGGAUUAUGCAAAAAAAAUUCUGAUUUUGUUAUAAUAUUGCUUUAUAAUAAACAUCAGAAAGGGGACAAUAGAAAAAUAGAAAAGAUGCCAGAAACAAGAGCCCAGAGCAUGCAGGGCACAAAUAUCUGCUUGUUACAAUUAUUUCAUAGGUUUUAUAUUUGCUUGGGCACUGAUGUUGCUGCACACUCGGUGUGGCAUUUCCUUUCUUAGGGGAUUAUUAUCUCUGAGUUAAAGCUAUGUAGAUGUCACCAUUACAACUCCAAACACCUCCUUCUGCUUUAAAACUGGCUGCUCUCCACUUUGGUAUGACCUUCAAGGUUUCUGUUUCAGUUACUUUAUUGGAGAGGUGACAUUUGAUUAGUCUCCCUUGAUAAUAGGUAUUUCAGGUAUCACCUUUCUGGAUCAUUUUAGCAGAGUUUCAAGUUGAAUUUUGGAGAAUAGAAGGACAAAAUUUCCAAAUCCCAAUAUUUCCUUGUGUGACAGGAUAUUAUAUCAUUCAGGUAGGAUUUUUUUAAUGACCAGUAGGCAAUUCCCAUUGAUUGCAGUAGAAGUCUUAUGACUUGCAACUAAAAGCUAACUAUGAAAACAUUAAGACAAAUAUUUAGAACUGCAUUUGCCUGUUGGCAUUCAGUCACAGUCCUGUUAGCUUUGGUCUGAGAUGGCCACCAUGGACUUACUGUACAGCUUGAUUAUAGGUUGUAUGCAGUAGUUAUCAUUGUUAAAGAGAAAAGGGAGACUAUCUACCGAAAGAGAGGAAUUUCCUUGUAACACACCAAAGAAAUUUUAGGUGAGGUAUUUUAUAAUGAGGUAGUAAUCUCAGAUGUUACUCAGUUCUGCCAAGAGCAGAUCUUGUACCACAGAGAACCACAGGCUUUUCACUGACCAUUCUCAAUAUAUGGAAGUCUUAACCCUGCUAUCCCCAGUUGAAUGCCAUGGUCCUUUUCUAAGGUACUUGAAGUUAAUAUUCAAUUAAGUAAAGGCAUGUCCUGUGAUGCGAGCUUCUCCUAAUCUCUGAGCAAGAGGACUGCAUUUCAGCAUUUGUAAAUUGACAGUCUAAUAGGCUUUGGAUUUUUGAGUGAACUUAACACACAAUUCUGAACAUAUAUUUGCAUGUGGAUUGGGAUGGAAAUAUGGGGCCUUGGAAAUGAUUGAAACAUUUUUCCUAAGAAAGAUUUUUUUUCAUAAGAGAAUUGUUAAUGAUAUAUAAUCAUUUAGUUGGUUAACUUCAAUUUUUUUCUCUCUUUUUCUGAUCCCACACUCCUUUGGUAACUAAAUAAAUAUAACCCAACUCCUCAUGCAUUGGGAAUGUCUGUUUAAUAUUGAACAUUAUCUAACUGAAUCUGAAAAUGUGGAAACUGAAAUAUCACCUCCAUGUGCACACUUCUUUGUACAAGUAUACUAUAAUACAAAUAACAUUUACUGCCAUGUAAUAUAGUUGAACUUACAAGAUAAACUUAUUGAAACUGGUUAGUGCCAUCAGAGUCUCCUUUGGAAGCUGCCAUCAGGUAACUGCUAUCCCAUAAUACCAACAGUAAGGCAGUUACCAUGUUCACCUCAUUUAGUACCUAAAAGGAAAGGAACAGCAAUUGUAGAGAAUGUCAGAUGUAAUGGAAGGAGUGUUUGUUUAGGAGUAAGGAGACAUGGAUUCUGUUACUGUGUGAUCUUUGGCAAGUCACUUAGCCUUGUCAUGGCUAUUUCUUUAUCUGUAAAAUAAGAGUAUUGGACUAGAUGAUCUCUAGGGUCUUUCCAAAAGUUCUAACAUUCUGUGGUAUUAUAGGUGCCUUGUAAAUUCAACCUGCUUAAAGUGAUGGCAAAUAUUACAUGUUUAAGCCUGGAUCUCUUAUGUGGCAGUUAAACAAUAGCACUAUGAAAGUUGAUGAAAAACUCAAGUAAAUCAGGUUAUUACUACUAGGGAAUGUUGAAAAAACUUGUGGCAGCCUUCCAAUUCCUUCAUGUUGUUUUGUUUUGUCUUAGUUUGGUUUUAAUGUCCACUUUUCUGUUGAGUGUCCCCAGUUUUCAUUUUAUAUGCACUCUGUAUGUAAAGUCUGGUUUUUAUUAAGCUGUAGCCAGUAUUUUCAACUAGAACAAAAAUACACUGUCACACUUGCUAGAACAGAACUAUACUUGAGCCUCUUCUUUCCAAUGAAGCAAUGCUAGGCUUUAUAGAAUUUACUUCAUAAGCGGCACAAGAUGGCAGAAGCCAUGUAUUGUCAUGAUUGGGACUACUACUAAGAGUGGACUUACAUACUUGCAGGUUGCAAAGAGAGAGAUAAAAAUGUAAUUACAUGCUAUCAGCAUUAAGGAAUGUUGACAAAUCUACUUGUUGGGAACCAAAGAUAGCAUUUCUGAUUAUAAUUCCCAUGAUGAUUGGCCAUUUAUAUGAGCAUGCUGCUGGAAAGAGGGUAAAUUGGACAGUAGUUAGCAGACAGUCCCAAUUCCUUGCCUAUAGUAGAGUGCCAACCAGCCCUAAGUGAAAAAUUCAAGUUCAUUGUGUGUGGUGUGCUUUAUGGACCACAUAUACUAUAUUCAUUAAUGAUUAUAAGAUCUUUCACAGAAUCCUAUAACCAUUAGGGGGUUGAGUUUUAAAUCUCAGUACAUCAGCAAGAAGGAGCCAGAUCACAGGGUACUGAUGUCUACUGAGAUUAUUCUCAUAAUAUCCAGACAAAGUAAGUUGAGGAGGAUCUACAUUUUCAAUGUUUAUCAGAAUUGUAUCUCAUUUGGCUGUGCAUUACUUUUGUUAAAAUGUUAUCUGUAAACCAAUGUAUAGUGAAAUUCUUCUGUAACUCUGGAUUAAAGAUAUUUAUGGUCUUUUUGUUUGGUUGGUUUUUAAGUAAGUUAUUCCUUUUGUAGACCUGCUGAUGGAAUGAUUCCAUCCUUCUGACCUCAGCAUUUUAUCUUUUUAAGAACUUUUUUGUUUCCAAUAUUGUUAUUUUAAAUUGUGGUUGAAGCAAUAGAAAGUUGAAAUAUGGAUUGUGCAUGACUGUGUGUUGAGUGUAAAAAUAUUGCAGUUUGAAACUUGGACCUAAAGUAUUACA